AUGAAUAGUAUUUGCCAUGGCAAGCCUAAACUGCUGGAAACACACUUUGCUGGGGGGGCUAGGGCAGCCACUAUUCACAUGAAUAGUAGCUACCCUAGGGCUCCCCUUGCCAUGGCAAAGGGGCUAAUUGGUGGAAAUGCUCUUAGGUUGUCCACACUUGCCUUACUACAAACGCUUUUUUGA